AUGGGAUCUCACUAUCAAUUUGCUCCUUUGAGCAUAGCUUUUACAUUAUGUGUUUGCCUUGCCAGGGGAUGGUCAAAUGAUUUAACUCAUGGCUUUAAAGAACUCCCAUUUAACACAUCCUUUUAUCACAUUCAAAAACCCUAUGACUUGCCUGUUGAACAAAGGUACAGCUUCAUCAAUGGAGUUCAUAAGUUAUGGGUCUUCUCUACCGAUAAACCUUUAUCACGAAAUAGUCCCACCAGGCCUCGCUCUGAGAUAAUUAUAAGCGGAUACACCUACUACUCGGGUGUAUGGCAAUUUGAAGCAUAUGGAUAUGUACCAUGUGGAACAUCGGGCGUGUCCAUCAUGCAAGUUUUCGGAGCAACCCUACCUCAUAACACAUCCUUUAUACUCGGAGUUAACAAUGGCUCACUCUCAUACUUCAACACGUCUGUCAUUUACCCAAAAGUAUAUGAUAAAUGGUUCAGACUGAAUGUAAUCCAUGAAGUGGAGACCAGGAAACUAAGGAUUUACAUUAAUGGAAUCUCCAAAUAUGAAACUCUUGACCUAGGAGGAACUUUUCAUUAUUUCAAGUGUGGAGUUUAUGCCCAAAAAAAUGCUUCCUUCUAUAUGGAGUCUCGUUGGAAGGGGAUUAGGGUUUUUAAGAGAAGUGAUUGA